GGCCCUCAGGAUUGGCAAAUUAACAAAACCAAAACAGCCCAGCUAGCUGGGUCUGGGCAACAUCCCCCGCCCCGGCCCCAGGCCGUGCGCCUCGGGGCGGAGCCUGCGCUGGCCACGCCCCCCUCCGACCCCACUGCAGCGCGUGACGCGGGUGCGCGGUUCCUGGCGGUUCGGGUGGUUCCGCGGCGGACAGGCUUAUGGCGGCGGCGGCCGGGGUAGCGGCCGGCCCCGCCGGGCCCGAGCCCAUGCCGAGCUACGCGCAGCUGGUGCAGCGAGGCUGGGGCAGCGCGCUGGCGGCGGCGCGGGGCUGCACGGACUGCGGCUGGGGCCUGGUGCGCCGCGGCCUGGCGGAGCACGCGCACCUGGCGCCUCCCGAGCUGCUGCUGCUGGCGCUCGGCGCGCUCGGCUGGACAGCGCUGCGCUCUGUGGCCACUGCGCGCCUCUUUCGGCCCCUGGCCAAGCGGUGCCGCCUCCAGCCCAGAGAUGCUGCCAAGCUGCCCGAGAGCGCCUGGAAGUUUCUGUUCUACCUGGGCUGCUGGACCUACAGCACCUACCUGCUCUUUGGCACCGACUACCCCUUCUUCCAUGACCCACCCUCCACCUUCUAUGACUGGACACCAGGCAUGGCAGUGCCCCGGGACAUUGCGGCCGCCUACCUGCUGCAGGGCAGUUUCUACGGCCACUCCAUCUACGCCACCCUGUACAUGGACACCUGGCGCAAAGACUCGGUGGUCAUGCUGCUCCACCAUGUGGUGGCCCUGCUUCUCAUCGUGGCCUCCUAUGCCUUCCGGUACCACAAUGUGGGCAUCCUCGUGCUCUUCCUGCACGACAUCAGCGACGUGCAGCUGGAGUUCACCAAGCUCAACACCUACUUCAAGGCCCGCGGUGGCUCCUUCCACCGGCUGCACGCGCUGGUGGCCGACCUGGGCUGCCUCAGCUUCAGCUUCAGCUGGUUCUGGUUCCGUCUCUACUGGUUCCCCCUCAAGGUCCUGUAUGCCACCAGCUACUCAAGCCUGAUCUCUGUGCCAGAUAUCCCUUUCUACUUCUUUUUCAACUCCCUCUUGCUGCUGCUCACCAUCAUGAACAUCUACUGGUUCCUGUACAUCGUGGCUUUCGCUGCCAAGGUGCUGACGGGCCAGAUGCGUGAGCUGAAGGACUUGCGGGAGUAUGACCCCACCGAACCUGUGAGCCCCAAGCCCAGCAAAGCUGAGAAGCCGCUGAGGAAUGGCUUGGUGAAGGACAAGCGCUUCUGAGCCCCGGCCCCGCCCCCAGGACAGGCCCCGCCCCAUUGCAGACGACGCCCUGUUGAAGCCACGCCCCAGGACCACGCC